AGUGUUGAGAAGUGCAACAAAACCAGAAAGAAAACAAGAGUUGGCAGCGGAGGCGGCGGCUGGGAGGACAAUGUCGGUGUAACAGCCCUGGAAAGGCGGCCGUUUAUGCAAAGCCUGGCAACGAGUGUGGGCGUAGUGACCUCUGGCGUGGGCGUGGUGACCUCGGGAGUAAGGACUGGCAUAGCUGGCCUGAUGAGUCUGGCAGCACAGGGGGCGUCUGACCCCUCGGCCAGCGGGGGGGUCUUCUCUGUCAACUUCAACCAAGACUACUCAUCCCUUGGAGUUGGAACAAAAGUUGGCUACAAAUUAUUUUCUCUCAACACAGUUGAUAAAGCUGAGCAGAUAUGUGACAAUGUAAAUGAAGACACGUGCAUCGUAGAACGACUCUUCUCAAGUAGUUUGGUGGCAGUAGUCAGUUUAUCUUCGCCAAGAAAGCUAAAAGUCUGUCACUUCAAGAAAAAUUCUGAAAUAUGUAACUACAGUUAUCCCAACACCAUCUUGGCUGUCAAGCUGAACCGUGCAAGAUUGGUCGUGUGCUUAGAAGAGUCGUUAUACAUCCACAAUAUCCGGGACAUGAAAGUCCUCCACACAAUCAGAGAUACUCCACCUAAUCCUAUGGGUCUGUGUGCUCUCUCCAUCAGUAAUGACAACUGCUACCUGGCCUACCCAGGUUCCAAUACAAUAGGUCAAGUACAGAUCUUUGACGCUCAAAAUUUGCAAGCAAAAACAAUGAUUCCAGCGCAUGACAGUCCACUAGCUGCCAUUGCCUUCAAUGCUUCGGGUACUAAGAUUGCUACCGCUUCUGAAAAGGGCACAGUGAUUAGAGUGUUUAGUGUUGCAGAUGGACUCAGACUACACGAAUUGAGGCGUGGAAUGAAACGAUGUGCCACUAUUUUCUCUUUGGCCUUUUCUCCAGAUUCUCUCUUCCUUAUUGCAUCAUCCAACACAGAGACGGUUCAUGUGUUUAAGCUAGAAGAAAUUAAAGACACGCAACGUGUUGUAGUGGAGGAGCAGCAAGGUUUGAUGGGCUGGAUGAGCAAAGCUGUGACUGCUUCGGCUAGCUACUUGCCUGCUCCAGUGACUGACAUGCUUAGUCAGGGCCGAGCAUUUGCCACAAUCACACUGCCAUUCCAGGGUGUCCGUAAUAUCUGUGCCAUUGCCACGAUUCAAAAGCAGCCACGAGUUGUGGUGGCAUCAACAGAUGGAUACUUGUACAUAUAUAAUCUCAAUACUAAUGAGGGUGGAGACUGCACACUUCUUAAACAACAUAGGUUGGAUGGAACUGGGGAAGGGAGCAGUUCGAGCAGUGAGAGUGCAGCGGUGCCGGGACCAUACCCUGGGGCGGCCAAGAAGACAGAACCUGUGAACACGACGGGAGGCAGCUAUGCGGGAGUGGUGAGGGGGCCUUCUGCUGGAGUCAUGACAGAUCAUGCCCUGCUUCCUUCGUGGUUGGAUCAUACCCCGUAUUAUUCGUCGGCGGAUCAUGCCUCGCUUCCUUCGUGGUUGGAUCCUGCCCCGCUUCCUUCGUGGUCGGAUCAUCUAACGAUUGAGGCAGAUAAGUUGAGCGAAAUGGCUGCAGCUUGCGAAUCACCUCCAAAGAGUGUCCUUAAGUUUGAUGAUGACUCCGAGUUUCCUCCAGUGUAAAGAGUGCAGCUGAGCUGGUUGGACUUGUCAUUUAUCCUAGAUUAUUUCCUCUUGUAAGGCUAUAUUUUUUGAGGUUGGGAGGGCAAUUUGUUUUCAGAAUUCUAUACUACAACCAAAUGUUUGGAAGAGUAUUGGCCUAGAUAAUUUGUAAUACUGUAAAUGCUGAAUGUUGGAUGUAUAAGAAGUGCUUUUAGCUCUUUGUAAUGUUAUUUUGUUCAUUAGCACAUCACUACAGGGCUUUUAUCAUAUACAGUAUAUGGAAAGGCAAAUGAUGGGGGGAGGAGGAAGUUUUUCUGGACAGUACUAACAGCUUUUGAAGUGCAAGGUUUGAUCGUGAAAUUUUAGGCCGAAUGUAUUCUUAACCUUUAGACAGCGGUUAUGGAGAAAUGGUCUUAUGAAAAAAAAAAAUAAUAAAUAAUUUUUCAUUAUAGAAUUAUUAAUUUGUAUGCAGAAUGUAAGAACAUGAAAAUAAGUUAAUAUAUAUCGUUCUACUGGGUGGAGGCGCUCUGCAAGGUUGUGUCUGGCACUUGUCAACGCCUGGUGCUCGACUAUGCUAACGCUUCCUGUUUUAUCCUCCGAUGUUUUACCGAUUAUUUUAUCACUUGUUUUUCUUUAUAUACGUCCACAGAGCUUUUAUAUCCAUAUUUGCAUCAUGCAUGUAAAACCCAGACAAUAAUUGUUUCAAUCAUCAUAUAACGAUGACUGCAUUUCCCGAGUGACAUUCAUGACGAUAACUGCAUUUGUGCCAUGAAAUGGUUGCAGGAUUUUGUUUCUGGGCCAAAGUAAACUCCAAUUACAUCCACAUAGACUUAUUACUGUAUAUCCAUAUUUGCAUCAUACAUGUAAAACCCAGAUAAUAAUUUUUUAAAUCAUCAUUUGAUAACCACAUUACCCUGUGAAUCAACAGUUGAAGAUAAUCGCUGUCUAAGGGUUAAUCUGUGUAAAUUGAAGAAAGUGGUAAUUAGUUUUCUUGAGUUAUCUUGAGUUUGGUGGAACACUUGGAACUAAAGGUACAUAUGAUGAUUAAUGAUAAAGAAUUUAAACUUAUUUUUCUUGCUCAAGAUAGAUCGUUUCUUUGUGCAUUGGUAUGAUAAUUAUUGUUAUUAUGUUAUAUUUAUUAUUAUUGUUAGUUAAAUCUCUUGUGGUGAUAGUAUUUGUCAUCUUUAUACAAUAUUCACAGAAAUGAUUAUGUACAGGUACUAAGUUGGAGACUUGCCAUAUCACCUCUUGUAAUCUUUUCAAUCUUUUCAAAAUUUGUUUGUCAAGAAAUUAUUGUGAACAUAGCUAUAUCGUGAAGUUCUCUAGGAAAGUUGGGCUGCAUUAUUUGGUACUGUACUAGUAACUAUUAUGUUAUGGUCCCUAGUGAAGUGGUAUAAUUUGCAACAUGGCAACAAAGAGUUUGUUGGUCAUAGCAUUGAAGGUUAUUAGUUGUCCUCAGACUAUCCUUCAGUGUCAAGCUAUGUUUUUCCUUUGAAUAAUUUUUUUAAAUGUUCUGACUGGAGCCAAGAAACGGAUGCAAGUUUAGACAAGAGGCGACUGUACCAGCUACAUUAAAUCACCAGUAGUAAGAGCCAGUUGGCAAGUUUCUUUUGGUCUUGUGGAUACUGCCUAUAUUACUAUAAAGCAAAUGAAAGAUCAAGAAUAUUACAACAAUUAGAAAGUGCAGUACUUAAUUAAUAUUUAUAUACUGCUUGUAAUGCAUUGUAACAUUAUCUUUCCUGCCUCUUGGUCGUAAUUUGGGAGUUUUAUUUUUAUUUGGAUAAUUCAGUAAUUUUCAGUCGUGCCCAAGUCAUAAUUUGCACUAGCACAUUUAAAAAUGAAAAAUAAUUAAAUUUACUUUACAAGUGCUAGUGUGGUACUGUAUGUGGAUACUAUUAGAUGCAGGCAGCCCAGCAAAUACUGUAGUGUUUAUUAAAAGUGGAUAUGAAUAAGUGUUGUUAUUUUCAUGUUUAGUCUUGGUUGCUGUAGCACGAGCACUAAUUCUCACCGCCAUGCCAGUGCUGUUCAUACUCGGCAGUACAUAAAUGUUGUGCAAGAUAUUGGAAUUAUCACUACAUACCAUAACCUUGGAGCAGAACUAGUGAUUAAUAUUUAGCCUUACCAGACGAACAGUACUGUCUCGGCUUUCACUAUUUUAGACACUGGUUUUUUUGUGUGCUCUUUGUUGCAGUAGCUCACAGUAGUUUUUCAAUUAUUCUACUUUAUCCUGUAUUAUGAUUUGUCAUAAUGCAAGCAGAGGACAUACGUUAUAUUUGUCAGUGACCUCUUCAAACUACGGUAUUUUAUUUAUUCAAAAGGCACUUUAGCAGUGAAGAGGCUAGCAGUGUCUUUUUUUUUUAGUACUGUACUGGAUUCUGUGUUUCACAGUGAUGAAUGAGCUAUAUAUAUUUUUAAAUAUGUAGACAAAUCAGUAAUAAUGUAGAAUAAAUUAUUGCAGGAAUUUAUUUCACUGAAAUUUUCAGUUACAGCACGUUCAUUAGUAGGGUAGGUUAUUUACUGGGUCUUACCGGCAAGCUGGGCAUGUGCCAGACACUCGACAUGGUGCCGUUGGUAAUAAACUUGUAUAGUCUAGCCAAUGUCAAUCAAAGUUGGAUAACUGGACUAAUAUGAUAAUUUGGGGUAAGGUAAGACUUUCACUGCUCUGUAUAUAUAUACAUUAAAGUUUUGUUGUUUUUUAUAUGUAAAUUGCAUAUUUAUUGGGGCAAUGUCUCAUUGUAUCACUUGGCUGGAUGGAAAUGUUACUUGUCCUCAAUAUACUGCUUUUUGGGGGGAAGGGGACGGAAACAAAUUAUUUACCGGUAACUAUUGAUAGCAAAAUCAAAUCCAACCUUUUUCUCCGUGUCUUGAGUAGUAGUUAUGAUAAGCUAAUUUUAAUCGGUUUAGAUUUUGUUAAAGGUCAAAUGUGGCAGUUGCUUGCUAUUGAUAUAAUGGUGUUUAUCAAUGCUUGCCACUCAUAAUUCUCUGAUUUAUAAUGAUUACUGUGUGUAUUAUGGCACUUCAUGCAUGGCAAAGCCUUUUAGCUGAAAUGUGAGUAUAGGUAUGUGGAUUUAAAUUAUGAAAAGGAGUUUGGACCCAUGGCUGUACUUUGAGAUUUUGACCAUACUGUAAGCACAUGCUGUAUAUACAAGGUUGCACAGAGCACUUCACUCAUAACCAGGUUUCAGUGAUCUCUUCAUUUUGUCAUUUAUGAUAUAUAUAUUGACUGUAAAUCUCAUACAGGAUAUUAUUGUGGGAGACAUUAUCUUUUAACACACUGAUUUCAUAUUACUAUGUGUGUGCAUAUAUUACAAGGCUGGAAUUUUUGUAAUAGAUUAAUAUAAGUAUAAUAUUCAAAAUAGUCAAGGUGAGGUAAGGGUGCAAAAGACAGUGUAUUGAUGGGAAUACAAUGGCCCUUUUUUAUUUUUUUUAAAUGCAUGUUCAUACUGUACAUUGUUCACCACUCUAAGGCAAAUUAAUAAUUUAAAAGGAUGGACUGGCAUUUUUAUUAUGUCUUCCACUAUUGGAAGAUGCAAUUUUCACCAUGCGAGACAAUUUAUCUCCUCUGGGAGCUUAAAACAUGAGAGUAACCAGCAUUGCAUAUUCGGGAGUAACGCUCGGUAUAGUUCGGCUUCUUUGUCUUGAAAGCAGGCCGUCAUUCCUGUGUCGGAGCAUCAUUCCUCUGGCACAGCAUUGGAGCAGCUAUGCAGGCUUUAUAUACAAUAUUAUGCAUCAACUAUACUUUUGAUUCUAAGAAAUAAGUUUGCUGUUUAAGGCAAAAGCAGUGCAAUGAGUAACAGUUUCUAGCUUAAUUGGUCAGCUGCUGCUGCAGUGAACAACACAAAAUGUAAUACAAAAACUAGUGUUUGAUAUUGAGUGUGCAGCAUUUAAAAAUGAAUUGUAUUUAACAAUAGUGACUGAACAUUUCCAAUAACUUUUACCCUAGUGUAAAAUCUACAAAUUUCAUUUAAUAAGUUUAGUUUUCAGUUGGUAUUAUUCAAGUUUGCAAAGAGUAUUUACAUUUAUGAGCAGAAAGCAAUGUUACUGUUUUGUAAAUUACUUUAUGGUAUUUGAAAGUAUGUUUUUUGUAGUCUGAUGUAUGAAAGUGGUUGUUUUCUGCAAGUACUACAUGCUCCAUAUAAAUACAGUGCAUAGUGUGAAUUUUGACAAUUAUUUGAGGUUUCCUUCUGGCAGUUACGAUAUUUUAAGAGAUUGUGCUGGUUAAUUUGAUGGUGUUGAAGUGUCGGCUUCAUGUACUCUGUUAGAAUGAACGGACACUCGAGGAGACAAACUGAAAGAUGAAUAUUAAUAAUUGCUUCUAGCCAUUUAGAGUGCAACUCUCAUGGUGGGUUUGGUCUUCAGAUGUAGAAUUUCAUUCAUCAUUGUUGUGUUCAUGUAAAGUUUGUCUUUUUAUUGAUAACCCUAGUACAAUAAUACUGUACCAUAAAUACCAGUAGAUCAAGUUCACCAUUUCUCUCAUUAAGACAUUAUCAAUAAAUUAUGAAUAGUCUUUGAUACACUAUUUGUUAAUCAAGUUAUCAGGAUUCUUGACCAAAAUAUAGCAUAGGUUAUGAGAAUAUUAAAGAUGCUUACAGAAUUAUGUUGCCAUUUCUUUAAUUUGUAUAUUGAGAGUACUAAAUCUCUGCUUUGCCAUGAAACUGUCCUGAGAAACCAGAGCAAAUAUUUUGCAUGGCUUUUAUUUGAUUAUAAUUUUAAUACACACUGUAUGCUGAAAACAUUUAUUGUAAGAUGGAAAAAUUUUUGUUUUUGUAUUCUCCGCUCUUGGUAUCUUGUAAACCAAAUUUGCCGUGUUACUAAGUAAUGAAUGAGAAAAAACAUGCAUCCAUCAAAUUAUUAACUGUUCUACCUUAAUUUUGAAUGAGUGGAAAGUUCUUAAUUCAGUAUUUAUAAUAGUGCCUGGGAUAAAGGUUAUAAUUAUAAAUAUAUAAUUCACUAAAUUGCAUACCUUGUAGUUGAGGGUAGUUAAUCUGGUCUGGAAUAAUUUGUUCCAUAAAUGCCAGACAUUAUAUUUAGUUCAUCAUCAGUCAUGAUUUCUCUCGGCUCAAGACUGUUAUGGAUCACAGAAGCAAAUUAAAUAAUUAACCUUGAUGCUGUAGGUACCAAGUCUUGUCAGUAAAACAUUGAUUUUAUAGUCAUGACUGAAGUAAGAGAUUAGUUCUGGGAAGCUCAAUUUGUGUAUCCCAGUCUAUAAAUUCCUUCUCCAGUGAAAGGAGUUAAUUUGAGUGAAUAGAUCGGGAGGAGAGUCAAAUUCUGCAACAUGGAAAAAUAAUCAUUUGCUAGAGAUGCUAUAGAACAUCACAAGGAAUUAUUAUUCCCCCCCCCCCUGUAUCCGUCUCAUAUUUUCCUCCUACCACCCUCCCUUCACUGAUCAGUACAGAAAACUAACUAUGGCUCCAGGGGAUGGUAUGCAAGACAGUGGACAAGUGGUGUAAGUUGCAAGUUGGCUUGGCUGCCAUGUGUGUGAUCAUGUGUGAGAAGAUAAUGAUACUGUAGUCAUUAUGACUCACCACACCAAGAUCAAUACUAUAAAAUUUGUUUCUGCUUCUCCAGGGGGGGAAGGGGGGGGGUGGUCUUUCAUGUUCAUAAUGAUCGCGUGCAAAUGUAACAUUCAUAACCUUGCCAGCCCUUUGUGGGUAAGGUUCGACAUUCUCAAUGAAUCUUGUAACGAGUUUCACUUUGAUGGUUAUUGUGGAAAAUACUUAGUUAUAUAACUAGAAUUAAUGUUUGACAAAUAUUUUUAACAAGGUUUUUCUGUAGCCUAGAAUCAUAGCCAACAUCUUUGUUAACACCUUGACAGUAGCGUAAAUAAUUAUUUAUUAAGUAUGGGAUUAAUAUGCUUUGCAACCAUACUUCAUUUUAGUGUCUUAAUUAAGGAUUGCCUGCAUUUUAUAUGUAUAUAUUGUAUAUUAAUAUUUACUGUUUAUAUAUAUAUAUAUAUAUAUACACCAGUAAUGUAUAUACAUAUAUACUUUUUUUUUAACCACAAAUAGCAGUUUGGUACCGGCAAAUACUUCCAUAAAUAUUGAAUUUUAAAAAGUUCUUUGACUCGAGUGCAUUCAUUAUCUGUUAUUUAUAGCAAUGCCUUGGUACUAUUGUUGUGUAUAAUAUAGGCAUCCUUCAAGGUGUUACCCAAGACCAUUGGCCAUGUACUUGUUGCAAUGAGCUGCCUCAUUGACAUCUUGAGAGUUGUGUAAAUGUUUGCAGAAAAAAAUUAUUUUUUUGUACAGUUUUCUUUAGUGUUUUGUAGAUGAAUUUAUAUAUUAAUUAUAUAUACUAUACUAGAUACAUGUCCAAUUGCAAAAAAAAAAAAGAAUCUAAUGCAGAGUAAAUGUUAGUGUAGAUAUAUAUGCUGUUGCAGUGGACAUCUUGAAGAAUAUAUGAGAAAUGCGGCUUACGAAUGGUAAAUACUAGAACUUUACCUGUUGUUGUUUUACCAUUUAUAACACAAAAUAAAUAUAAAUAUUUGACA